AUGCCGAGGCCCCCCGGGGCAGAGGACGAGGCCGCGGCUGUUCCGGAGCGUCGCCGUGGGGAGGACGAGCUGCUGGGAGAGGGCAGCCCCGGGUGGAGGACCAAGGGACUGAGGCGCUUCCAGGUGAGCAGAGCAGCAAGGGAUGCACGAGGGAAGCGCCUGUUCCCACAGGGCAGAGCUGCCCGAGGCACUUCCAGGAGCAGCACUGAACAAAGACCGAGUGAACAAAGCUGGAGCACUGGCAAGAGGCGGAGGCAGCGGAGCAGCAGCGGGAUACAGGGCCAGGAAGCCGGGCAGCAGCAGACUGAGGGUGCUGGAGGCAGGGAAGGAGCAGCGAGCCGUGAGCAGCAGCAGGAUCCCUUCUCACACUGGAGCCAUCGGAAAUGCAAAAUGCUGCCUCGAGGAAAGGGGUGGCUUCACACCCCACUGUCACCUGCUGUCACAUCUCCCAGGCAUCCUUGGAGGCAAACUGAGCUCAGCACUGCCACGGGAUGUGAGUGGCCACAAGUCACCUGCACAUGGGCUCCUCCCUUGGCACUGGGAAGGAGGGCAGCAGGAGCUCCUGUCCUUGUGCUCCAGCAGCCAAGCUGGGCCAGCUGUCCCUUCACUCCAAGGGAUUCCCAGUCACUCCACACCACUCUGGUGUGCUCAGCAGGAGGAGGAUCCCUGGCAGCCCCUCUGGGUGCCCUGGAGGUGUGGAGCAAAGAGGUGCUGGGCAGUGCUGAGCUGCAGCAGCCGGUCUGGAGAUGGCCAUGGCAAAACAUCGACCAGGAAUUUGCUCGUUUCUUCCCUCUCCUUCCCUUUGUGAAACGUUUUGUGCCUGGUUCUUCCCAGCUCUGCGGAGCCCAGUCAGGCAGGAUGGUGCAAGAGACAUGGGUACUGGUCUGGGAGGAAGUGGGGAACUCCCCUCUCCCCUGCAGGCUCUAUCUCUCCCUGUGCUGCUCCAGCCUGGGCUCCUGGGGAAGCUGUGUUGCUGUGGCACAGGGAAAGGGAGGGACUGGCAAACAGGAUUAGGUCCUGUGGCAUUUGCCAGCAACCCCAGGCUCUUGGCAUAACCUGGUGCUCCUCCACGUGCUUUGUGCUGGGGCAAGCUCUGCUGGAAGUGCUCAGGGCAGUGCUUAUCUCCCACCCACACCUGGGCACUGUGGCCUCAGCCCCUGUGGCAGCUCCAGGCUGAGCCACUCCAAGUGCCAGGGCAGGAUGGGACUGUCCCUGCUGCCCCUGGCCCUGCUCCGGGGCUCCCCAACAUCCACCAUCACUCUGAAGCUUUUGGGUGCUCCCACCAUUCCUUCUGCAUGGUGAGACCUCAGCAGCCCCAGCUCUGUCCCUGGGAAGGGCAGGAAACUCAGUGGUUCCAGUAAGCCAGUGCUUCUUGCCUGUGUCAACAGAUGCAUUUUAGCCUAAUCAGCUCGUCAGGUUACACCACUUCCCUCCCUGGGGCUCUUGUGGGUGCUGAAGCAGUGGGCAGGGAGAUGGAUGAGGUUUUCCUCCCUGUGUGACAGCCUUGACUCCCAUUCAUGCUCUGGAGUGCAAACUGGAGGGCUCACCAGCUGCUUUCUGUUUCAUCCUGCUCCAUUGGUGGGACUGCUGGGGCUGCAAAGUACCCACUGCUCAGGGGUUUUGGCUGGCUCAGUGCCCCUGUCCCAGGACCAGGAGGGAUGGAGCAGUGUCCCAGCCCUGGAAAGCUUGAAACCCUACAAAAAAUAUUUAAAAGUGGUUCACAAACCCUUUGAUUUUGCCCCAGGAAUUGGAGGUGGCAAGAAUGGUCAACUGGACUUAAAGGGACUAGUCAAGAAAAAUCCAUAAAUUCAACAAAAUUGGAAACCUGAGAAGAUCUAUGAGUUGUCCACAAAUUUGCUGAACUUCUUUAUCCCCUCCUAGUGCUGUAGGCCAAGGAGGAAUCCUGAUGAGCCAGAGCCUUUCUCACCAUGCCAGAAUCUCCAGGCAUUGCAACAAAAAUGGGGCUUUUCAUCUUAGGUGGUUUAAGAUGUUACUUAUGACAGCAAAUCCAGCCAGCUUCCUUCCAUGGCAAGACUUGGGUGAAGAUCCUUAAGCAUGAGCCCUCAGAGGCAGGGUUUGGAGAGAUCAUCUCAAAAGCACAAUGUAGGGGGUGGCACUGCUCUCCCUGGAGCAACCUUGAUGGCACAGGGUGACAGUUUUGUGUGCCAGCCCAGUGUGGCCUCAGUGGCAUCUAUGCUUUCCAGGUGCUCAGGAAACAAUUGGGAAGAGCAGCAAGGAAAAAUUUGUCUUGCCAGUGUGUUUGGCUCAGUGUGAACAUGGUGCCUGUAAUCUGCCAGGGAAAGUGGUUUUUCUAAAAACAACCAUUGCCAGGUGCUGUCCCCAAAAUACCACCAGCCCAGCCCAGAAAUGUCACCCUGUAGCAAUGAAACUCUUGUCUUUAGGUGUUGUGGUCAGUGAGGGCCAGGUCUGCACUCUCCCCAGCCCACAGCUCUGCUUCAUUCCACUUGGGAUCUCAGAGAUCCCCAGACCUGCUUCUUUGCCUGUCUGUGUGUCCCCCACAGCAGUGGUGCUGCCAGGAGAGGUGUCACGGUGGGUGACAUGCUGUAUGGUGCCAUUUAUUCCAUUUUCUCCUUCCUCUCUCAGCCUUUGCUUGCAUGGCUGCUCCUGGGGGCACAUGCCCUCCUCUUUGGGGGCCACUGAGCCCCCCCAAAGCUUCCUUCAUCAGAUGGGGGAGCUGCCUUCCCUUCUGUGCAGCUUCUAGUCCCUCUUUCCCCAGGCUGCAUCCCAGUGGGGCACUGCCAUGGGACAUUUCCUGUGUCCCCAGCCCAGGGGCCUCCUGUUGCCCUGCUCAGCCAGCCCCCUGCCUCCCUGCACACAAGCUGUGCAUGCCACAGGACUGGGGAGCAUCUGCAAUCCACUCUAUGAACAGGAAAAUUGCAGAUUGUUGUUUUCCCCCUUUUCACCUGCUUUUUCCCCAGAGCAAAGCAGCUGCAGCCUCCCAUGGGUUGGUGUUCAGGCAGUGGUGGCAAUGUGGCUGCUCCUGCUCACAGCCCGGGGAGCCGAAUUCCAGCUGUGUGGCAGUCACCCCCUGUCACAGCCCCCAGCCCAGGGAGCUGAAUUCCAGCUGUGUGGCAGUCACCCCUGCCCGUGACCCCCACUCACAGCCCCAGCCAGCAGCUCUCAGGGCUCUCUGCUCCCCUGCUUUCACAGCUGCCCCCCAGAGCUGUGCUGGCAGGAAGGAUGGACUCAACCUGUGGUUUCCUCAGGAGGCUGUAAUUCCAGAGUCAGGGCAGAAACUGCUCUCCAAGGUCCCUUGUGUCCCACCGGUGUCCCCACUGAAGCCAGCAGAGCUUUUGGGCCCUUGCUGAGUAGUUCCAGUUGUGGGGGAUGGAGAAACAGGAGGUUUUGGAACCCCCCCAAUCCCCUGCACCCCUUGAGCUUUGCUGCCAACUUUGUGGCCAGUGGAACCCGAGUUCCUCUUGCAGGCCCUGCUGUGCUGUACUGGGGAGCCUGGGCCAGCUCCAGUUCUAUCCGUGGGCUGUGGGAGGUGAAGCAAAGCUGGGGAUGGAGCUGGGCCUUGAGCCCUCCACGUGCAGUGCUGGCAAACCCAGAGCGAGCCCUGGCCACUGGACUCCUCCAUUCCUGCCCAACACCAGCAAUAGCAAGGCCUGUUUUCUGUACCCCGAGCUUGCACAAGGUCUUUGCCCUGUUAAAAAUCCUAUGCAAAUCUUAUCCCUCUCCCCUCUCCCGGGGCUCUGCUGAUCCCAGCCCAGCCAGUUAUCUCUGCUCUUGUCUGUAAUUCCUGCUCCCUGCUGCCCUCAGGGUCCAGCUUCAUUCCUGGCAGCUCCAAAAGCAUUUUGAGACCUGUGCUCUGGAGCUGGGAGGGGGCAGGUGAGACUGUAGGAACACCCAGCUCCUACUGAGCACUGAACUGGAAGGGGCAGGGCCUGGUCCUGGGGCUCCUCCAUGCACCCUUGAUCCUCCUGUGCCUUCUGCUCGAUGCUGGUGGGGCUCUGCCAGCAUCCCUCAUCCCCCUGAAAGGAGAAGCUCUGUUCCACCUUGCUGCUGCCCAGACUGCCCUGUUCUAACACCUGAGCCGCAGGCUUGGCUGGGGCUGCUCUUCCUUCAGCCACCCCAAGCCUGAAGGGCUUUGUCCCGUGCUCCCCAAUCUCUCCAGCCAGCAUCUCUGAGCUGUUUCCCUUUGCAGAGGGGCAGCCCAUGCCAGCAGCUGCCCAUCAGCUGGGAUGCAGGCAGGAGGAUUUGGGGGGUGGGUGCUGCCAGUGUCCCACAGCACAGCUCCCUCUCCCUGCUCUUGGGGACCUGGUGCUCUGUACUUUGAUUUCGAGGACAAUUCAGCCCUUUUGGGGAGCCAGCACAGCUGUGCCUGCAGGACUCCCACGGGGAGGGGGCUCUAGUUAGGAGCGUGGUGCAGGCUCCUCAUGACCUUCUGCCAAACUUUGUGUGUCCAUCUGUAGCCCAGCUCUGGGCCAAGGACACUCCUGUCGUGGGUCUCCACAUUGGUAUCUCUGUUCCCCUGGGUUUGUACCCCUCCUGCUCCUCAGGGCUCCCCGUUCCCACCCUGGCCCAGCCAAGCGAGGCUCUAACUAACACUCACCGCAGGACAUCUCAGCCCAGCGUGGCUGCAGCACCAGCCCAGGAGAGCAAAGGCAUUUCUGCUUCCAAAGGGGAUGUCCUGGUACCGAGGCCAUUGGCCAAAGAGCAUCCCCGUGCCCUGCAUCCCUGGGCUGUGCCCCGGGAACCAUGGAGCUCCUGGAGGCAGUGAGCUGGGGACACCACGGGUCCCCCUUGCCAGGGCCACGUCUUCCCAAAUCACCAGAACCCACCAGCUUUUGGGCAAACCUUGUACCAUGGAGCCACCUGGGAGGGAAGGAGCCACUGCUCCUGUGCCAGGAGAGGGGAAAGAGGCGCCUGGGGAGGCAGGACAGGGAGGAUCCCAGCAUUGGGAAUGACCUGUUGGGUGCCGAGGGCUCCAGCUCUCUGGGGAAACAAAGCAUUCCUGGGAUGUUCUUUAUAUUUUUGUAGGAAUGGGGGGUGGGAGAGCAGAUGGGAGAUGCCUGCGGAAGUUGUUUAUUUUUAACCCUGUAGAAAGUUAUGGGUUGUUUUUGGUUUUUGGCCUUUAAAAUGAAAAAUGGUCCUUGCUUUUGAUGUUUAUGCUGCCUACCUGUAAAUCCAGAUGUACUUAAGUGGCUGAAAUCCUUGUUCUUAAAUCAGAUACACAUUAUAGUUUUGAACUAUAUAUAUAGUAAAUAUAUAUAUAUAUAUGCCUAACCCAGCAAAAAAAAAAAAUUAAAAAAAUAAAGUAUUUGGGGGUGGGAAAUGCGUUGCUCUUUGAAAUGAAUCACAAUUGGGGGAUGAAAUUGUGUUUCUGAGUGCCUCAAGAUAUGAAUUGUUUUCAUUUUUUUAAAUAAUUUUAUACAAGUGUCAAAACAGCUGGCUGGAUUAUUUGGAAUUUUUAAAUAAUCCUAACUUUUUUAAAGUAGAUUUUGAGAACUGUCCUGUAUAUAACAGUAAUGUAGCAAUAAAUGUGACAUUUUAUAACAAUA